CGGCCGGACAGACUAGCCGGACUUGAAUGUGAAGCGGAAUAAAAUAAAAGUGGAGAAUAAUCGGAGUGAAACCUUCGCAACGACCGAGAGAAACAUCGCAACCCGCUCUCCAUCCAAGUUCAGAUUCAUCCUGGAAACUCUGGAGUCCUGACGCCCGGGGGUUGAGGAAAAAACUGCUGUGCACGCGUUGUGGGAUGUUUUCAUAUUUUUGUCAGAUUUCCAUGUUCUGCAAGUUGCAGUAUUAGUUCCUUGAGAUGUUGCAGGUUUGACUCCAGUGCUUUUUUUGACACAAAGACUCAGUCAUGCCUCACGGCGAGGACGGCGCGGCAGAGGAGGGAGGAAGUGAGCCGGCUCUGGACGAGCCGCUCCUUCUGGAAAGAGUCGAGAAAGAACCAAAGCAAAAAUGGCAAACGGUGGCGUCACAUCGACUGAAGAAGCACUGCUCGUGCACCAGCAAGAGGGUCAAGUCCAAGGUAUUAGGCUUCGUACCGAUUCUCAAGUGGCUCCCGCAGUACAAGCUCAGGGACUGGACUCUGGGAGACGUCAUGUCUGGAGUUAUCGUGGGAAUCCUGCUGGUCCCUCAGUCCAUCGCCUACUCCCUGCUGGCCAGCCAAGACCCCAUAUACGGACUCUAUACGUCUUUCUUUGCGUCUAUCAUUUAUACCAUCCUGGGGUCGUCCAGACACAUCUCCGUGGGGAUUUUUGGAGUCCUGUGCCUGCUGGUGGGCCAGGUCGUGGACCGAGAGCUGGCUUUGGCAGGAUACCCUGCAGAAAGCAGCGUUAUAAGCGACAACGGCAGCGUCCUCUUGGACAUGGCGGGGAACGGCAGCAGCAGCGGGGUGGAAUGUGACCGGAGCUGCUACGCCAUCACAGUGGGAGCAACCGUGACCUUUACCGCCGGGAUUUACCAGGUGCUGAUGGGCCUCCUGCAGGUCGGGUUUGUCUCCGUCUACCUCUCCGACUCCCUGCUCAGCGGCUUUGCCACCGGAGCGUCGCUGACGAUCCUCACCUCCCAGUUCAAGCAUCUCCUGGGCCUGAAGAUCCCCCGACCGCAGGGCUGGUUCACGCUGUUCAAGACCUGGUACGCCCUGAUCGCCAACAUCACCAGCACCAACGUCUGUGACCUCGUCACCAGCUUGGCCUGUUUUGCGGUUCUGAUUCCUGCAAAGGAGCUGAACGAUCGAUUCAAAGCCAAGCUAAAGGCUCCGAUUCCCUUCGAGCUGUUCGUGGUGAUAAUCGCGACCCUGGCUUCUCACUUCGGCCACUUCAACACCGAGUACGGGUCGGGCGUGGCCGGAGAGAUCCCCACGGGCUUCCUCCCUCCUCAGCUGCCCAUGUGGUCGCUCAUCCCCAGCGUGGCCGUCGACGCCUUCUCCAUCGCCAUCGUGGGCUUCGCCAUCACCGUCUCGCUGUCCGAGAUGUUCGCCAAGAAGCACGGCUACGCGGUGGACGCCAACCAGGAGAUGUACGCCAUCGGCUUCUGCAACAUCCUGCCGUCGUUCUUCCGCUGCUUCACCACCAGCGCCGCGCUGACCAAGACGCUGGUCAAGGAGUCCACGGGCUGCCAGACUCAGCUGUCGGGGCUCGUCACCGCCCUCGUCCUGCUGCUGGUUCUGCUGGUCAUCGCGCCGCUCUUCUUCUCCCUGCAGAAAUCCGUGUUGGCCGUCAUCAUCGUAGUGAACCUGCGCGGCGCCCUGAGGAAGUUCACCGACGUCCCCCGCAUGUGGCGGGCCAACCAGAUCGACACCGCCAUCUGGCUGGUAACCAUGGCGACGUCGGCGCUGGUGAACACGGAGCUGGGCCUCCUGGUGGGGGUUCUGGCGUCGGCCUUCAGCGUCCUGGGCCGUACCCAGCGGGCCCAGGUCCUGGAGCUGGGCCGGGCGGCCGCCAGGGAGCACUACGAGGACCAGGCGGCGUACCGCGGCCUCCGCACCCGCCCGGGAGUGGCCGUCUUCAGGUACGAGGCUCCCAUCUACUACGCCAACCAGAAACUGUUCAAAAAGUCCCUGUCCAAGCGCGUGGGGCUGGACCCGGCCCGGGAGAAAACGCGGCGUCUGAAGUUCAAGAAGAGCAAACGUCCGGAGGAAACCAAGUCAGAAACGUACGGGGAGAAGGAGGCGGAAGCCGCUGCCAACGUCACCUUCAUACCGGAGGAGAAAUCCUCCCGGAACCUGCGCAGCUUAGUGAUCGACUGCAGCGCCGUGCUGUUCCUGGACACGGCCGGGGUGAACGCGCUGAAGGAAGUCCGGAAGGAUUACGGAGAGCUGGGGAUCGAGGUGGUGCUGGUGCGGUGCAGCACGUCGGUGCUGGACGCGCUGGAGCGGGGCGGGUUCUGCAGCGACACCGUCGGAGAGAACAGGACCAUAUUCUACACCAUCGACGACGGCGUCCGCUACGUCCAGAGCCUCCACAGUCCCAACGGAGAUUACGACAGCAGAUGCUGAAUGGGUAAAAUAUCUGUUUACGGGUCAAUGACGUGACGCCUAUAUUUUCUGAAAAACUGAUUUUUUUUCAAUUCAAAAAAGGUUUAAAUGGAUAGAAAAAUAUCAUAUAUAUGAACUAACUGUCCCACAUAUGGACUCACUUGAAUUUUUACAAAAAAUACUAGUUAUUUGGGAUUUUGUUGUUGUUUUAAGAGUCAAAAUGUCAUGUGGUGCGACCGUCCGACCAGGACUCUUGUUUUGAAAUCACUCUAAAUGUUUUUUACGACGGAGUAUUAGGGCCAAACUAAGACAAAAGAAAAUUGGAAAUUACGAGAAUAAAGUCAUAAUAUAAUGAGAAUAAAGUCGUAACAUUACCAGAAUUAAGUCAUAAUGUUGUGAGAAUAAAGUCGUAAUAGAAUAAAUUUGUAAUAUUACGAGAAUAAAGUCGUAAUAUUACGAGAAUAAAGUCGUUAUUUAUGAGAAUAAAGUCGUAAU